UGAGGCCGCGCGCAGGAAGGGCGGCCAAGAUGGCGGCGGCGGGGAACGCGGCGGCGGGGUUCGAGCACAUGGGGCUGGAUCCGCGGCUGCUGCGGGCGGUGGCAGAGCUGGGCUGGGCCACCCCCACCGCCAUCCAGGCUGAGGCCAUUCCCCUGGCACUGGAGGGCCGCGAUCUCUUGGCCCGGGCCAGGACGGGCUCCGGGAAGACGGGGGCGUACGGGCUGCCCCUGCUGCAGCACCUCCUGCGCGCCAAGGAGGUGGCGCAGGCCCAGGCGGUGCGGGCGCUGGUGCUGGUGCCCUCCAAGGAGCUGGGGCAGCAGGUGACGCGCAGCCUGCGGGAACUGGCCGCCUUCUGCGCCCGCGCCCUGCGCGUGGCCGACCUCUGCGCCCACGCCGACCUCGCCGCCCAGCGGCCGGUGCUGAUGGAGAAGCCGGACGUGGUGGUGGGCACGCCGGGACGGGUGCUGGCCCACCUGGGCGCCCGCAACCUCAGCCUGCGCCACUCGCUGGAGCUGCUGGUGCUGGAUGAGGCCGAUCUCCUGCUCUCCUUCGGCUUCGGGGAGGACAUCAAGGCCUUGCUGUGCCACCUGCCCAGGAUCUACCAGGCGCUGCUGGUGUCGGCCACCUUCAGCCCCGAGGUGGAGGCGCUCAGGGAGCUGGUGCUGCACAACCCGGUGACGCUGUGCCCGCCGGAACCCCGUUUGCCCGACGCCUCGCGGUUACGGCAGUUCGGGGUGCGCUGCGAGACGGAGGAGGAGAAAUUCCUCCUUCUCUGCGCCCUCCUCAAGCUGCGCCUCCUGCGGGGCCGGGCCCUGCUUUUCGUCUCCACUUUGGCCCGCUGUUACCGCCUCAAACUUUUCCUGGAGCAGUUCGGCGUUCCCGCCUGCGCCCUCAACUCCCAGCUGCCCGCUCGCUCCCGGUGCCACGUCAUCACCCAGUUCAACCGGGGCAUCUACGACUACAUCGUGGCCACCGACGAGGAGGCGCCGGCCGUGCCCCCGGGGCAACCCCCCCGCAAGAAGCGCAAGGGGGCUGCUCCCAGCAAGGGCAAGGACCCGGAGUACAGCGUGGCGCGGGGCAUCGACUUCCAGAACGUGGCCGCCGUCAUCAACUUCGACGUGCCGCCCUCUGUCGAGUCCUACAUCCACCGCGUGGGCCGGACGGCCCGCGCCGACAACCCCGGCACGGCGCUCACCUUCGCGCUGCCCGAGGAGCGGGACGCGCUGGCCCGCAUCGAGGACGCGCUGGCAGGAGAGAACGGCGAGUCCAUGCUGCAGCCCUACAAGUUCUCCAUGGAGGAGAUCGAGGGACUGCGCUACCGCUGCCGGGACGCCAUGCGCUCCGUCACCAAGCAGGCGGUGAAGGAAGCCCGGCUGCGGGAGAUCAAGGACGAGCUGCUCAACUCCGAAAAACUCAAGGUUUACUUCGAGGACAACCCCCGCGACCUGCACGUCCUGCGUCACGACAAGCCCCUGCACCCCGCCAUCGUCAAACCUCACCUCCGCAACGUCCCCGAGUACCUGGUGCCCCCCAGCCUCCGCGGCGUGGCCGAUCUCAACCCCAAGAAACGCAAGUGGCCGCGGCAACCCCGCGGCCCUGCCAAGCGCCGGGGGGGCUCCACGGCUGCCGCCACCCUGACCCCCAUCCACCGCGCCGGCUUCUGCGCCUUCUACGGCGACUGCGGCCGCAACCCCGAGGUGAACGUCUCCCUCCUGCCUUCCGGCGUCCCCUGUUUGGACAACGCUCCGGCCCGGGUGGCCACGGGACCUUUGUUGAGGCUCUUACGAACCGUCUGUCCCGAACUGGUGACUUCGGGAGACGACAACGCUCCCACCCGCGUCUGCUGUUCCUUGAAGCAACUGAGCGACCUGCAGCUCAGCGUGGCUCUCUCCGGCGCCGUCCUGGCCCGCUGCCCGGCUUGCGCCCGCAAUUUCGCCAACCUCUACUGCCGCAACAUCUGCAGCCCCGACCAGAGCCUCUUCACCAACGUCACCCGCGUCCUCAAACCCCCCGCCGACCCCCUCAACUCGACCCGCUUGGCGGUGGUGGAAUACCAAUGUUAUUACCGACGCCGUUUCGCCGACGCCGCUUUCGAUUCCUGCCGGGCCGUGCGUCUGCCGGCCACCGGCGGCUACGCCAUCGACACCAUGUGCGGCCGCUACGGCGCCCGCCUCUGCACCACCCAGCGCUGGCUGGAUUUCCAAGGGGAUAAAAACAACGGUUUGGCCCCGCUCCAGAUCGAUUUCCGACUCCUUCCCAACGACACCCAGCCCGGUCAAGGCCUGGAACCGUUGGACGGCCGGGCCUGGCGGUGCGACCAGGCCCUCAGCGCCGAGCAGCAGCCGUGUUCCUGCCAGGACUGCGACGCCUCCUGCCCGCCGCUGGUGCCGCCCCCCGACCCGCCGCCCCCCUUCCGUUUGGGCGCCGCCGACGGCGCCUUGGUGCUCUGCGGGCUGCUCUUCGGCCUCCUCGCCCUCAUCUUCGGCGCCGCCUUGCUGUGGCGCCACCACCGCCGCCGCCGCUCGCCCAAGGGGGUUGCGCCGCCGCCGCCGCCGCCGCCGCCGUCAUCGUCGCGGCCCGGCGGCUGCUCGCGGCGGUUGGGCGACGGCGGCCACCGCCUGCUGGCCUCGGCGUUCCGCCGGUGGGGCACGCUGGUGGCCGGUCACCCCGUGACGGUGCUGUUGGUGGCGGCGGUGGCGGCUGGGGGUCUGUCGGCCGGUUUGGUCACCCUGCGCCUCACCACCGACCCCGUGGAGCUGUGGUCGGCGCCGGGCAGUCGGGCCCGGCAAGAAAAAGCCUUUCACGACCGCCAUUUCGGACCUUUCUUCCGCACCAACCAAAUCAUCGUGACGGCCCCGGGCCGGCCCGGCACCGGCUACGAGUCGGUGGUGUUGGGGGCCAAAAAUUUCAGCGGGGUGCUGUCGGCCGAGGUGCUGCGGACCCUGCUGGAGCUGCAGGAGGAGCUGGCGGCCAUCAAGGUGCGGGCGCCUACCUCGGGCAAGGAGGUGACGCUGAAGGACGUCUGUUACGCCCCCCUCAACCCCCACCAGCCCACCCUGGCCGACUGCUGCGUCAACAGCGUCACCCAGUACUUCCAGAACAACGCCACCCGCCUGGCCAUGACGGCCACCCAGACCGACGGCAAGAAGACGGGCACCGCCGACUGGCGCGACCACCUCAUCUACUGCGUCAACUCCCCGCUCUCCUUCAAGGACAUCACGGCGCUGGAGCUGAGCUGCAUGGCGCAGUACGGCGGCCCCGUCUUCCCCUACAUCGCCUUGGGCGGCUACCCCGGCUCGGAGUACACGCAGGCGGAGGCGCUGAUCGUCACCUACUCCCUCAACAACUUCCCCCGGGGGGACCCGCGCCACGAGUGGGUGCUGAGCUGGGAGAGCCGCUUCCUCCAGCUGGUGGGCGACUUCCAGCGCGCCCACGGCCCCAACCUCUCCGUCACCUUCAUGGCCGAGCGCUCGCUGGAGGACGAGAUCAACCGCACCACGGGGGAGGACAUCCCCGUCUUCGCCGUCAGUUACCUCCUCGUCUUCCUCUACAUCGCGCUGGCGCUGGGGGAGUACCGCACCCUGCGCCGCCUGCUGGUGGACUCGAAGGUGACGCUGGCGCUGGGGGGCAUCGCGGUGGUGCUGGGCGCCGUGCUGGCCUCCAUGGGGCUGCUGGCGCUGCUGGGGCUGCCUUCCUCCCUCAUCAUCCUCGAGGUCGUGCCCUUCCUCGUCCUGGCCGUGGGAGCCGACAACAUCUUCAUCUUCGUGCAGGAGUACCAGCAGUCGCAGCGGGAGCCGGGGGAGCGGCGGGAGCAGCACAUCGGGCGGGUGCUGGCGCGGGUGGCACCCAGCAUGCUGCUGUGCAGCCUCUCCGAGGUCGUCUGCUUCCUCCUGGGCGCGCUCUCCUCCAUGCCCGCCGUCCGCACCUUCGCCCUGACGGCCGCCCUGGCCAUCGCCUUCGACUUCCUCCUCCAGAUGUCGGGGUUCGUGGCGCUGCUGGCGCUCGAUGCCCGCCGGCAGGAGGCCGCCCGCCUGGACCUGUGCUGCUGCUGGGGGCUGGAGAAGGGGGUGCCGGCGGGGGGGGGCACCGGCCUGCUGCGCCCGCUGCUGCGCCGCUACUACACCCCCCUGCUGCUGCACCGCCGGGCACGGCCCGCCGUGGUGCUGCUCUUCCUCUUCCUGGCCUGCGCCGGGCUCUACCUCACGCUGCAGGUGCCCGUGGGGCUGGACCAGGAGCUCGCCAUGCCCAAGGACUCCUACAUGCUCCAGUACUUCGCCGCCCUCAACCAGUACCUGGUGGUGGGCGUCCCCACCUACUUCGUCACCACGGGGGGCUACGACUUCUCCUCCCCGGCCGGCACCGACGGCAUCUGCUCCAGCGCCGGCUGCCACCCCCGGUCCCUCACCACCACCAUCCAGUACGCCACCCGCUUCCCCAACGCGUCCUACCUGGCCAUCCCCGCCACCUCCUGGCUAGAUGACUUCUUGGAUUGGCUCAACCCCACCGCGCGCUGCUGCCGCGUCCACCGCUACGGCAACCUCAGCGGGACCUUCUGCCCCUCCACCAGCAGUGACCUCAGCUGCAUCGGGGGCCAGUGCCUGAACGCCACCCGCCGGCCCACGGUGGAGGAGUUCGAGCGGUUCCUGCCCUGGUUCCUCCACGACCGCCCCACCCUGCAGUGCGCCAAGGGGGGUCUGGGCGCCUACGACACGGCUCUGAGCAUGGACGCCAACGGCACCAUCCUGGCCUCCCGCUUCAUGGCCUACCAGCGCCCGCUGCGCACCUCGCAGGAGUACACGGCGGCGCUGCGGGCCGCCCGCGCCCUGGCCGAGGAGAUCACCGCCACCCUGCGCAGCGUGCCCGGCACCCACCCCGACUUCAGGGUCUUCCCCUACACGGUGACCUACGUGUACUACGAGCAGUACCUGACGGUGGUGGCCGAGGGCGUCUUCACGCUGGCGCUCUGCCUGGUGCCCACCUUCCUCGUCUCCUUCCUGCUGCUGGGCAUGGACCUGCGCUCCAGCGCCGCCACCCUGCUCACCAUCGCCAUGAUCCUGCUGGACACCGUGGGCGCCAUGGCCCUCUGGGACAUCCCCUACAACGCCGUGGCCCUCAUCAACCUCGUGGCGGCCGUGGGCAUCUCGGUGGAAUUCGUCUCCCACCUCACCUGCGCCUUCGCCCACAGCACCCAGCCCGGCCGGGUGGCGCGGGCCGCCGAGGCCACCGUCAACAUGGGCAGCAAGGUGGUGGCCGGGGUGGCCAUGACCAACCUGCCGGGCGUGGUGGUGCUGGCCUUCGCCAAGGCCCAGCUCAUCCAGAUCUUCUUCUUCCGCCUCAACCUCAUCAUCACGCUGGCGGGGCUGGCCCACGGCCUCGUCUUCCUCCCCGUCCUCCUCAGCUACAUGGGACCCGGCCCGCGGGCGCCGGCGGGGGACGCGGAGCGGGGCGCGGGGCUGGGCCUCGGCAAUCCCGCUUUCCAGGACGGGGACAAGGACAAGGACAGCGACAAGGACAAGGACAAGGAUGGGGCCAGGGCCAAGGCCAAGGACGAGGAUGGGGCCAAAGCCAAGGACGAGGAUGGGGCCAAAGCCAAGGACGAGGAUGGGGCCAAGGCCAAGGACGAGGAUGGGGCCAAGGCCAAGGACGAGGACACGGAAAAGGCCCAGGACUAGGCCGAGGCCGAAGGACGAGGACAAGGCCACCGCCGCGGUCCCCGGGCAGGGCUGAGCCCCGCUGUCCCCUCCCGCCGCCACUUUUUCUACCGCUGUCGUAUUUAAACGUUUUUUGUUUGUUUGUU